AUGCAAUUCAACUGGAAUAUUAAAACUGUGGCAAGUAUUUUGUCCGCUCUCACACUAGCACAAGCAAGUGAUCAGGAGGCUAUUGCUCCAGAGGACUCUCAUGUCGUCAAAUUGACUGAAGCCACUUUUGAGUCUUUCAUCACCAGUAAUCCUCACGUUUUGGCAGAGUUUUUUGCCCCUUGGUGUGGUCACUGUAAGAAGUUGGGCCCUGAACUUGUUUCUGCUGCCGAGAUCUUAAAGGACAAUGAGCAGGUUAAGAUUGCUCAAAUUGAUUGUACGGAGGAGAAGGAAUUAUGUCAAGGCUACGAAAUUAAAGGGUAUCCUACUUUGAAGGUGUUCCAUGGUGAGGUUGAGGUCCCAAGUGACUAUCAAGGUCAAAGACAGAGCCAAAGCAUUGUCAGCUAUAUGCUAAAGCAGAGUUUACCCCCUGUCAGUGAAAUCAAUGCAACCAAAGAUUUAGACGACACAAUCGCCGAGGCAAAAGAGCCCGUGAUUGUGCAAGUACUACCGGAAGAUGCAUCCAACUUGGAAUCUAACACCACAUUUUACGGAGUUGCCGAUGAGACUCAUUUGGUGCACUGGAUUGAUAUUGAGUCCAAACCUCUAUUUGGAGACAUUGACGGAUCCACCUUCAAAUCAUAUGCUGAAGCUAACAUCCCUUUAGCCUACUAUUUCUAUGAGAACGAAGAACAACGUGCUGCUGCUGCCGAUAUUAUUAAACCUUUUGCUAAAGAGCAACGUGGCAAAAUUAACUUUGUUGGCUUAGAUGCCGUUAAAUUCGGUAAGCAUGCCAAGAACUUAAACAUGGAUGAAGAGAAACUCCCUCUAUUUGUCAUUCAUGAUUUGGUGAGCAACAAGAAGUUUGGAGUUCCUCAAGACCAAGAAUUGACGAACAAAGAUGUGACCGAGCUGAUUGAGAAAUUCAUCGCAGGAGAGGCAGAACCAAUUGUGAAAUCAGAGCCAAUUCCAGAAAUUCAAGAAGAGAAAGUCUUCAAGCUAGUCGGAAAGGCCCACGAUGAAGUUGUCUUCGAUGAAUCUAAAGAUGUUCUAGUCAAGUACUACGCCCCUUGGUGUGGUCACUGUAAGAGAAUGGCUCCUGCUUAUGAGGAAUUGGCUACUCUUUACGCCAAUGAUGAGGAUGCCUCUUCAAAGGUUGUGAUUGCAAAACUUGAUCACACUUUGAACGAUGUCGACAACGUUGAUAUUCAAGGUUAUCCUACUUUGAUCCUUUAUCCAGCUGGUGAUAAAUCCAAUCCUCAACUGUAUGAUGGAUCUCGUGACCUAGAAUCAUUGGCUGAGUUUGUAAAGGAGAGAGGAACCCACAAAGUGGAUGCCCUAGCACUCAGACCAGUCGAGGAAGAAAAGGAAGCUGAAGAAGAAGCUGAAAGUGAGGCAGACGCUCACGACGAGCUUUAA